AUGACUUUAACAACUUUAUUAGCUGGAUAUAAAAUUCAUAGUUUAAAUUUUCAGCCUAAUAAAGAUAUAAUAUCAUAUGUGACAAUUUUAUUGUUACUAUGCUGUCAUGCAAAUACUGAUAACCCUAUAAAUACAACUAAUAAUGAACAUCAAGAAAAGACUUUAUUGAACUUAACAUUAUUAUUUAAUGAUAGUGAUCAAUUAAAUAAUAAAAAGUUUAAUGAUUGUUCAAUUUCUUUAACAGAAUUUAUUAUUUAUUUUUAUAUUCAACCUAUAAUUUGUUUUAUUGGAUUUAUAUUGAAUAUAUUGAAUGUGAUUAUAUUUUGUAGACCACAAUUUUCAGGAGCUGCUUAUGCUUAUAUGAUUGCAAUGUCAUUAGCUGAUGCAAUUACAUUAAUUAGUUAUAUGCCAUCUGGUUUGGUUAGGUAG